UUCCCGGAAACAGGAAACUAGCAGCAACAGCCGUUUAAAAACAGAGAGGCUACAUUUAAAGAGCUAUAUUCUUCGCCUUUAUAUGUAUAACUUAUUACACUGUGCUGUCCUAAGAAGUCCAGCUUGAUUUAACAUUCAAAGGAUAAUGGCCUCUGACUGGUUAGGUAGUUUGGUGUCUCUUAACUGUGGACCAACGUUGGGAGUUUAUCAAGGAGAGGUGUCAUCUGUGGAUCAGUCCAGCCAGACCAUUUCUUUAAGGCAACCUUUUCACAACGGAGUCAAGUGUCCCGUUCCUGAGGUCACAUUCAGUGCCAUUGAUAUAAAGGAGCUAAAGAUUCUAGACAUCAGAAAUGGGAAUACCAGGACCACCUCCAGUACAGUUGCAAAGGGAAGCACUGUACCAGUUGCAGUCCCAAAAGGGGAUCCCAGAUCUGUGGAGAUGAACUCUCCCCAGCAGUGCUCUAAAAGUUAUGGAGAACGUCAUCUGGAUGCACUAGGUCAACCCAAAGGCUUUCGGCGAAGACAUAACUCUUGGUCAUCUACCAGUCGAGGGCCAAACCAAGCAACGCCAAAAAAGAAUGGGGUAAAGAACGGGCAGAUGAAAAAUAGAGACGACGAGUGCUUUGGCGACGGCAUGGCUGAUGGGCUUGAUACAGACUUUGACUUUGAAGGAAACCUGGCAUUGUUUGACAAAGCUGCAGUUUUCUCAGAGAUCGACACGACCGAGCGACGUAACGGUGCAAGGUCACGUGGCACGCCUCAGGAUCAGACGCCCACGCGGUACCGCCAUGAUGAAAAUAUCCUGGAGGGCAAACCUAUUGUUUACAGACAGAUUGUGGUGCCACAGCCUGGACCCAAAGAAUACUGCACUGACUCUGGACUUGUUGUUCCGAGUAUUUCCUAUGAGCUUCACAAGCGUCUUUUGUCUGCUGCUGAGCGCUACGGUCUGACGCUGGAGCGGAGACUUGAGAUGACUGGAGUGUGUGCUAGCCAGAUGACGCUUACGUUGUUAGGAGGACCCAACAGAUUUACACCCAAAAAUUUACAUCAGCGCCCUACCGUGGCGCUGCUGUGUGGACCCCAUGUUCAGGGCGCGCAGGGCAUCAGCUGCGGUCGUCACCUGGCCAACCACGAAGUGGAGGUCAUCCUCUUUCUGCCGAACUUUGUCAAGAUGCUCGAUUCUGUGACGAGCGAGUUGACGCUCUUCAACAAGACCAGUGGCAAACAGGUGUCCAGCAUCAAAGAUCUUCCCGACACCCCGGUUGAUCUCAUCAUAAACUGCCUGGACUGCCAUGAGAACCCGUUCCUGAUGGAUCAGCCGUGGUACCGGGUGGCUGCAGACUGGGCCAAUCAGAACAGAGCACCGGUGCUUAGCUUGGAUCCUCCUGUGAGCGGGCAGGGUCACGCGGUCGAGGCCAAGUGGUCUCUGUCGCUUUGCCUCCCGCUUCCAUUGGCGGAAGGAGCCGGCAGAGUUUACCUGUGCGACAUAGGCGUCCCUCUGCAGGUGUUCCAGGAAGUGGGAAUCAAGUACCGUUCUCCCUUUGGUUGCAAAUUUGUCAUCCCCUUGCACUCCGCUUAACGGGACUGAUUAAACCUUUCACCUACCUUGACCUUUUGGGUUUUGGAGCCUUAUAUUCCACGAGUCUCAGCUGUUUCUUCCAGGUCACCCAAGCAGGCUCUGAUUCAUCCUGGUUCGUCAUACGGAAGGACAACUGUUCUUCAGUCAUACAGAUGCUAAAGCGUGCAGAUACAGGAGAGAUAAGCUUUCAAGUCUUUGCUCUUUGUAUUCAAAAGUUUGAAUCGUACUUUUGGAAAAAGGACUUUGAACAGGAAAAAUAUAAAUGCAGGCCAUUAAAUCCAUCACAAUGUAAACAGAAAAGCCUUUCUGCUCUAAAUUAGGCAGGACGUGUCUGCAGGAAGCCUCAUAUGUCUUUCAUGUGCUGCUUGACCGUUUCUUUAUCUCGGACAGCAUAAAUAGAAAAGACACUGAAUGCUAUAGAGCCAUGAAAGCAGGUUUGUUGGUGUAACUUCAAUGCUGUAUUUUUGUACAGAUAAGCUGAUAUUUAGCUUAAAUUUAGCUUCCAUAGCUACAAGUUUGGCAACUGGCAGAAUCCACUUUUCUUCUUUUUGUCGUUCUGGCUGUAACAGAGUUCCUCUUCUGCAAAGAAAGUUACCGUUUUUUUUCGACCCCCAGUUUGCGUGCAGCAGCGUUAAAGUUCAAGCCUUACGGCAAAGUGCAUGCAGAUCUCACACGGUCUCUAUAAAUACGGCUUUGUGUAAAACUUUACCAUAUAUGUAGGACAUCUUCUUCUGCAAAAACAAGCCUGGUGAAUGAAGCCCAAGAAAAUAUAUUUUUGUACUAUUUCUUUGAACGGGUCAUCUGCUGGGUUUUCCCAGUGAAAAAGGUAAACUGGGCUGAUUUACUCUGCUAAUUUGAUUCUGCACAAACGGCCUUAUUGGGAAUUUAGGAUUCAUUCAUCAUGGAGGAAAAUGGUUCAUCUUUACAUUAAAAAAAGUUGUGCAGUGAUCACAGCUUGUUGAUCUCUGAGAAAACAGUCUAAUUCUAACCUUUGAUGACUAGAGAAUAGCGUUUAUUAACCAAUAAUAUUGGGUCAUAUUAAAAUGUAAAGCAUCUGCCCCCUUUAAAAAUAUAUUUAGUUAUGCUGUAUAAUUUGAUGGUGUUAAUUUGAUAUUUCCAAUGCUCCAUGAAGCAUAGACUGUGAACAUUAAGGCCAUAAGAGCUGCUGCUUAUGUGCCAUCUUCUGAGCUCCACGCAUCUCUUUCCACGGAUGCAUGAUGAUGAAAGCUGCUGUUUUUUAAAUGUAUUUACAUG